UUGACCACUACUUUCGCGAUAUAAUCAAUUUGAGACUACUUAUAAGUAUAUGUACUUGGAGUGUAGAUCAAUCUGUCACAUGAAAUCUACGUAUGUGGAGAUGGAGAUGGAUAUAUAUCUUGCAGCAUGUGAUAACCCACUUAUCCAACAGAAAAAAACCUGGAUAUGUCGGAAUCGUGGAUUGGGAAAAAUUAUCCAUUUUGAGUAAGUUGAGCCUACGCACAAUCUCAGGCGAUGCCCGGGGUUUAAGUAUCAAAAAGUAUUCUGCGGUUGAUUAUGCUCUUUCGGAGAUGUAAAAUGAGAAGGAUUACAUAAGUUCAGAUUUCAAUGCCUUUUU